GAAAAUGCCUACUGAAUUUAAACUUCCAGUUAUCGACCUUUCUGCAUUCACCACUAAUUUGAAUUCUCAGGUUGCGAAACUUGAGACAGCUAGACAGAUUCACGAAGCAUGUCGUGAUGUUGGAUUUUUCUAUCUGACAGGUCAUAAUGUACCUCAAGAUAUUAUUGAUAAAGUAUUGAAAUUAGGUUAUGAAUUUUUUCAUUUACCAGAAGAGGAAAAAAUUAAAUAUAGCAUAGCCAAUGAAGAUUACGCAAGAGGGUAUCAAAGACUUGGUGAGAAUGUUACAAAGUAUCAAAAAGAUUGGCAUGAGGCACUUGAUUUCUACAGACCGAUACCUCGUAUGCAUCCGUUGGUCUUGAAUAACCUACCUUUGAGAGGUGAAAACCAAUGGCCCGAGAACCCGGCAGAAUUUCGUUCAAUAUUUAAUGAAUAUAUAAAUUUUAUGCUGAGAUUGGGUGUUCAAGUGAUGAGUGCCAUCGCAUUAGGGUUAGGAUUAGAGGAGGAUUUUUUUGAAAAAUUUUUAAACGAAUCAUUUUGGGUUAUGAGAGUUAUCGGAUAUCCGGAUCUUAGAAGUGUAAAAGACCGAAGCCGUGAUAGCACCAAAGGAGCCUUGCAAGUUCAAAGAAAAGAUGGCACUUGGAUUAAUGCUGAACCAAUACAAGGUGCUCUUGUAGUGAACAUAGGCGAUAUGUUAAAUGUUUGGUCGAAUAACGUGUAUCAAAGUACUCUUCAUAGAGUUAUUCACCAGGGUGAUAAUUAUCGUGUAUCUGUUCCGUUCUUUUACGAACCUAAUUUCGAUGCCAAGAUAGAACCACUCGAACCUUGCUUAAAACUCGAUCCCGUGAGACAUCAUGAGCCUGUCGUUUAUGGAGAACAUUUGUUGAAAAAGGUUUCAACAAAUUUUGAGGUUACAGAAUUGUGA